CUCCACCCGGACUCUGCCAUGUUGGGUCUUGUGGGUCGUGUGGCCGCAGUCUCGGCCUCCGGGGCCUUGUGAAGACUCAGGCCCUCAGCGCUGUUACCCCAAGCCCAGCUCUUACUGCGGGCUGCCCUGGAAGUGCCUCAGCCUGCCAGAGACUAUGCUGUCCAAAUGUCUCCGGCACCUAAGCCAGGCGCCGCCACCGGGCGGAUCGUGGCCGUCAUGGGUGCAGUGGUGGGCGUCCAGUUCUACGAGGGACUGCCGCCCAUCCUAAAUGCCCUGGAAGUACAAGGCAGGGAGGCCAGGCUGGUGUUGGAGGUGGCCCAGCAUCUGGGUGAGAGCACUGUAAGGACCAUUGCCAUGGAUGGUACAGAAGGCUUGGUUAGAGGCCAGAAAGUCCUGGAUUCUGGUGCACCAAUCAGAAUUCCCCUUGGUCCUGAGACCGUGGGCAGAAUUAUGAAUGUCAUUGGAGAACCUAUUGAUGAGAGAGACCCCAUCAAAACCAAACAAUUUGCUGCUAUUCAUGCUGCGGCUUCUGAGUUCAUUGAGAUGAGUGUUGAGCAGGAAAUUUUGGUUACUGGUAUCAAGGUUGUGGAUCUCCUGGCUCCCUACCUAGGAGGUGGAAAAAUUGGGUUCUUUAGUGGUGCAGGAGUUGGCAAGACUGUACUGAUCAUGGAGUUAAUCAACAACAUUGCCAAAGCCCAUGGUGGUUAUUCUGUGUUUGCUGGUGUUGGUGAGAGAACACGAGAGGGCAAUGACUUAUACCGUGAAAUGAUUGAGUCUGGUGUUAUCAACUUAAAAGUUGCUACCUCCAAGGUAGCACUGGUGUAGCAAAUGAAUGAACCACCUGGUGCUCGUGCCUGGGUAGCUCUGACUGGACUAACUGUGACUGAAUACUUCAGAGACCAAGAAGGUCAAGAUGUGCUGCUGUUUAUCGAUUACAUCUUUCACUUCACCCAGGCUGGCUCAGAGGUGUCUGCUUUAUUGGGUAGACUCCCUUCUUCUGUAGGCUACCAGCCUACCCUGGCUACUGAUAUGGGUACCAUGCAGAAAAGAAUCACCACUACCAAGAAGGGAUCUAUCACUUCUGUACAGGCUAUCUACGUGACUGCAGAUGACUUGACUGACCCUGCCCCUGCCACUGCCUUUGCCCAUUUGGAUGCUACCACAGUGUUGUCCUGUGCUAUUGCUGAACUGGGCAUCUACUCAGCUGUGGAUCCUCUAGACUCCACCUCUCGCAUCAUGGAGCCCAACAUUGCUGGCAAUGAGCAUUAUGAUGUUGCCCGUGGGGUGCAAAAGAUCCUACAGGACUACAAAUCCCUCCAGGAUAUCAUUGCCAUUCUGGGUAUGGAUAAACUUUCUGAGGAAGACAAGUUGACUGUGUCCCGUGCACGGAAAAUACAGCGUUUCUUGUCUCAGCCAUUCCAGGUUGCUGAGGUCUUUACAGGUCAUAUGGGGAAGUUGGUACCCCUGAAGGAGACCAUCAAAGGAUUCCAACAGAUUUUGGCAGGUGAAUAUGACCAUCUCCCAAAACAGGUCUCUAAGGUGGGACCCAUUGAAGAAGCUGUGGCAGAAGCUGUUAAGCUGGCCGAAGAGCAUUCUUGAGGGGAUCCCAGCGCUCUUCCUCCAAGCUGUCUCUCUCUCCUUGACCCUAAUCCCAAAAUUUCAGUUUUCUCUGUUAAGGCACCUGAGAG